AUUGCACCAGGGAUGUCAUACCGAGCCCCUAGGAGAAAAUGAAACCCUUGGUUAAAUUAUUCUUGCUAUUCUGUCUGGUAGGCAUUGUGCUUUCCAGGCCCAUGCCCGAAGAUGAAGAACCAGUAGCGGAGGGAGGUGACGAAGAAACGACCGAUGAUGCUGGAGGUGAUGGCGGCGAAGAAGAAAAUGAAGGUGAAGAGCAUGCUGGAGAUGAGGAUGCUGGCGGUGAAGAUACUGGCAAAGAGGAGAAUACAGGACAUGAGGAUGCUGGUGAGGAAGAUGCUGGUGAGGAAGAUGCUGGCGAAGAAGAUGCUGAAAAAGAGGAAGGAGAAAAGGAAGACGCCGGAGAUGAUGCCGGAAGUGAUGAUGGGGAAGAGGAUAGUACAGGAGGUGACGAAGGAGAAGCUAACGCUGAAGACAGUAAAGGUAGUGAAAAGAACGAUCCGGCCGAUACAUAUAGACAGGUGGUUGCAUUACUCGACAAGGAUACCAAGGUGGAUCACAUCCAGAGUGAGUACCUUCGAUCAGCACUGAACAACGAUUUACAAUCAGAAGUGAGAGUUCCGGUGGUGGAAGCUAUCGGGAGGAUUGGAGACUAUUCCAAGAUUCAAGGAUGCUUCAAAUCGAUGGGUAAAGAUGUAAAGAAAGUUAUCAGCGAAGAGGAGAAGAAAUUUAAGAGCUGCAUGAGUAAGAAGAAAAGCGAGUAUCAGUGCUCGGAGGACAGUUUUGCGGCUGCCAAGAGCAAACUUUCGCCAAUAACCUCUAAGAUUAAAUCCUGUGUUUCAUCCAAAGGACGUUAAUGUUAUCAUAGUAAGCCAUGAAUUUCGAUUUGAAUAAAUCCUCAUUCUGUCUGUAACGUUAAUCAUAA